AUGGACAUGCCACGGCCGUCGAAAGCACGGAGGGUUACUUGCCAAUAUUUUCACAGAUGCAAGGAUUUUCUGCUGUCCUUGGGUUUGUCGCCUGCAGAGUUCGACUCCGCACAUGACCGAUGCUAUUGCCAAGGUUGUGCAGAAAGGUCUGGGCUCCCUGAGGUCAUGAAUGUAGCGGGUGAGCGAUACGAAUUGCCUCUGGGAUUUGCAGGGUUUGGCAUCAAGAUCCCAGCACGUGCUGCCGGUCUGCGCAUCUUCGAAGAGUGGCACGUGUCGUAUCAUGGGCUGAGCGCAUGUCAAUUAGUCUCAGUUCUGCGGGAAGGAGGCUUACUUCUACCUGGGGAUGUCUUGUUGGAUGGUUCGCAGGUGAAGGCAAUUCACACCCUCGGAGGCGCGGAGAGUGUGCAGUUGUAUACAUCGCCCUCGCCAAAAUAUGCCGAGCAAGAUGUCUACACAAGUCCGGGGUGGUUCGGAGAUGAGCUAGCAAAAGUCGUGCUGCAAUGCCGGCAGCAGCCGGGCUAUGGCGUAAGCGGCGAGACUAUGGGCCUGACUUGGCAGAUUUCUAGUCACUUUGGGAAUGAUGUGAUUGAGCGCUACACACGUGCGCGUGCAUCCAUCAUUCCAUAUAGAAUCCUGGUGAAGCUUUAUUUGCCAGCAGCCUGUCAAGUGAUUUGGUCGGGCCGAAGCUUGGGCACAACAGCUGUGACGGUGAGACAGGUGAGAAAAUGCCAUGAUGAAGAGUAUUUACUGGAAGGCGAUGUGGUGGCUGCAGCGUGCGACCUCGACUUUGGAGCUGUCGGGCACUUGCCUGACUGGCAGGGCGCAAUAGUGGCAGCCGGUUCCAUAGGAAUCUUGAAGCGCCAGCCUGGCAGGACAGAUCGUGUUGCUUGGAUUGGCCGUGAUUUGGCAGAGACCGCAGUAACGAAGGAUCAGAUUCGCAAGUGUUCUGCGGCUGACUACCUGUGCGACGGAGACAUUGUGAAGGCAGCAUACGACCUCGAUUUUGGUUCUGUGGGCCACGUGGGCGACGAUCACGGCGCCGUAGUGCGUCAGGGCUCUCAAGGAGUGCUGCGUCACAGCGUACAGCCCAUGCGGGUCGAAUGGCUCGGCAGAGAGCUGGCCGAGACAGUGGUCCAGAGGUAUCAGAUUCACAAGUGUGCACCACACGAGUUCAUUCGAGUAAAUGAUGUGGUCAGGGCGACCCGUGAUUUGCCUUUCGAUGGGCGAGUGGUGCUAGAGGGCUCGCUCGGCACCGUAGUCCACGUAAGCAUGGAGACGGAGACGUGCAUUAUCUGCUGGUCGGGCCACCGUCCGCUCGGUAACACAUCCGUAUGUUUAGGAGACACUGCAAAUGCAACCCUUGGGAGUAUCUCAGUGCUGGUGACAUUGUCGCGGCCGUGCACGAGCUAG